UAUUACAUAAUUCAUUGUCAUUAUGUAAUUGAUUCUCCAAACCUUCUAUUCCUUCUAAGACAAACACCCGUCCAAUCCCGUCCGAUUCAUCAAUUAGAAUCGAUUCAAACUUCCCUCCUCUACACCUGGGCAUACUACGUACACCAUCACAUACUACUGUGCGCUACUACAUACACCGGAUAUCUUCUGCCGAUCUUUUUCCCCUCCCCUACUUUCUAAGGCAAUUGUCGUCUUCCAUUCAUCUUCGCUGCCGAUUCUUAGCCUAUUUGUCACCUUUACUCUUAUGAAUUACACCGCAUUCCACCGAUUUCCUACUUCGUUCAACAUGGCAGCCAAGAGUGCUGCGUUCUAGAGGGUGGUCGUCAAUCGUUGAGAGUAUCGCGAUGGCACCACCCUCGGGACGCCACGUUCUACUUCGAUCUGAUCAAUUGCCUUAGAUUAAUCCCCAGAUUACUUACCUACUCCAUCUUACCUAACAACGGAACGAAUCUCCGUAUAUUGAAAACUUAACCUGGGGUCCCAGUUUUCUCUUAAACACGAACCUCGACUGUCGCGUGACGGCAAAUCCGCCUAGCUUGUUUCGCCACCGAUUCAAAAUUUGAAAGUCGCGUGUAAACUUGCGAUCCCGAGUAAGUCGACUUCAACACCAUGCGUCGCAAAGCCGGUACGGGGAAGGGUUCACGGGCUGUUGCAGCUUCAGGCCCUACACCUGUCUCUUCUACCCUUACUACUCCCCUCAGCUCCGCUAUGCCUUCUACCUAUACCUCCGAAGCCGAGUACGAUAUCAACGAUGAAGUAUCAAAGUUACCUAUCGGCGCCCUUUCCCUGGGUUCUCCGGGACGCAAACUUAAACGAGAGAAGCAACAUCCCUUUCGUUUCCUUGAACUUCCUUCCGAGUUGCGCUUGAAAGUCUACGAUUACCACUUCGCGACCGCGAGCGAUGUCCUUGAUCUAGAUUAUGACAACUGGAAGAGGAUUCAUCAUAAGCUGGCUAUUCUAAGGGUCUGUCGCGCCAUAUAUAGAGAAGCUUCGUACCUAUUCUACAGUACCCAUCCGGUCCGCAUCUUUCCGACGACUCCCGGUCGUUUCUUCAAGACCAAGAAACCUCUACUAGCCCGCAUGAAACCAAACCAGCGACAGACUUUAACUUCCCUCGAAUUGCGUCUAGGCCCGGGUUGGAGCAGCCCACCUCGUGGCUGGGUCGUAAACGAUGCGCUCGGCUUGUCCGACUGCGUCCAUGUUACCAAAGUCACCGUUUUCAUCGAAUGCGACCCAGGAAGUGACUUCUUUAAGGGGUUCCGCCAACCGGAUAACUUCUACGAACGAUUCUCGAAAGCUUUAUUGAUUAGUGUUCUCGAUGAGAUGCCCUGGGUGGACCGUGUCGAAUUCGAUGCUUGGUCUACUGUUAAGAAGUCUGGAGCACUCAUGCGCGGAUUGUUCGAGGUCGUUACUUCCCGAGGACUCAGGAUUCUUUGGGGUAAGGAGAGAGGAUGGACCGAUGCGGAGGAGGUAGAACCUACACCUACCUUGAAUCUCAAUGCCCCUUUACUUAUACAAGGUAGCGACAGAGAUAUUAUGGUAGCGGCGUAGGAUAGCCUGCGGGUGUAUUGACGAAUGAUAACUUGAGUUUUUCAAAUUGGGAUCGGGUAAGGGUAUUUACUGGCGCAAGGAACGGCUAUUGGUACUUUCACUCUUCUCUACUACUAUAUAUAUGUGCCACCAAAGUGAUGGUUCUUGUGCCCCCUAAGUAGUGUUAUGGGUUACGGCUUUAAAUGGAACGGAUUGGAUUUCAACGAUGCAUAUUGAUUACCAGCUGUGUCUACUGCUCUCGUGUUCUCUCAUUGUCUUAUUUUUAAGAUACUCGUAACGUAAACGGCUUCAACUUCGGGACCUGAAACUGGAAUAAGAAUGAAUUAAUUCUGAUCUCAAUGCCACAG